AUGCAUAUCCAAAUCCACAGGGAACUCCUUGAGAAAUUGAUCCUCCAGAUGAGCAAUGAGGGCUUGGUUAAUAACCAGUUUAUCGAGCUCCAAAGCCGUAAGGAACCAAACAGUCCUGAGUUUGUAAUCCAAACUGUUGUAACGUACUGUUCUGCAGUGAAAAAUCUAUUUUUUCUUUUAUCUAACGAGCUUAAUCAACCUGAAGUAGACUUUGCCAGAGUUGAACUGAAUGCGAAUGACCUCUAUGAAAGAAGCAACAGUUGUGCUCAAGCCCUGUUAGAGGCAAAGAGGGAAUUUACAAAGCUGAGAACACAAUUUGAGACUCUUGUCAAGAAACAUUAUGUUUUGAUGCUUAUAACGCCAAAACUGAAGAACAUUGACAAACUAUAUGAGCCUUUUAGAGAUUUUAAUGAAGGUGGAUCCCAUCUGAAGAGAAAAACGUGCCCGAAUGUAGCUAAUGCUGUCGGAAAGUCCAUUGCGAAAGCAAUAUCGCGUGAGCGUCGAAUGGCGGCAUCUCUAAUCCGUCUCCAUUUUCACGACUGUUUUGUUCAGGGUUGUGACGCGUCCAUCUUAUUAGAUGAGAACGCGUCCCCAACGAGUGAAAGAAAUGCAUUGCAGAAUCUAAAUUCGGCAAGAGGUUACGAAGUUAUUGAUGCUGCUAAAGCCAAAGUUGAGAAGAUAUGUCCCGGAGUUGUUUCGUGUGCAGAUAUACUUGCGUUGGCAGCACGAGAUGCUUCAGUUGCUGUUGGAGGGCCGUCGUGGAAAGUGAAGUUAGGAAGAAGAGAUUCAACCACGGCGAGUCUUACUUUAGCCGAAAGGGACUUGCCAUUAUUCACUAGCACCCUUGACGAACACAUCACAAAUUUUGCCAACAAGGGUCUAAAUGCAAGGGAUUUGGUUGCAUUGUCGGGUUCACAUACGAUAGGUCAAGCACAAUGUGUUACAUUUCGGGACAGAAUCUAUAGCAACAAUAGCAACAUCAUAGACACUAGCUUUGCUAGAAUUCGUCAACGCAAUUGUCCUAGGAGUGGUGACACGGGCUCAACCAAUUUGGCGCCUCUUGAUUUCGUGACGCCAAAUACCUUCGAUAGCUUAUACUUCAAAAACUUGAUUGAGAAAAAAGGACUUCUUCAAUCGGAUCAAGUAUUGUUUAGUGGAGGAUCAACGGAUAACAUUGUAGUACAAUAUAACAAGAACCCUUUGAAAUUCAAGUCCGAUUUUGCGUCGGCUAUGGUAAAAAUGGGAAACAUUGAACCCCUAGUUGGGGAAGAUGGGAUCAUUAGAAGGGUGUGCAGCUCUUUGGAUUAA